AGGCCUCCGCGAGGCCCGCGCCGGGGUCAGGCUCAGCCAAUCCUCACGCUUCGAGGGGUGGGAUUUGUUCCUAGGGCAACGGGAGCCGGGGCCGCUGGAGUGUUGUGGGUCUGUCGCGCUGCAUCGUACCUUGCUGUGCCACACCGCGCUGUCCUGUGCCGUGCCCUUCCUGACCACACCGAGCCGUGCAGAUCCUCAGGAGGACGCGUGGGGGACGCCCUCUUCAUCCUCCAUCGCAGGGGACAUCUCACCCAUAGGAAGCAGCGGCUCGUUUCCCGCCGCAAGAGCACCAAAAGAUGAAGUGGCUAUCUGUCUUGCCCCAACAGUGUAUUUUGCUGAUGACAUGUCUCCUAAUGGCUUUGGAAGCUGUACCUAUAGACAUAGAUAAGACGAAAGUCAAAGGAGGAGAAGGCCACGUAGAAGGAGAGAAGGUGGAAAAUCCAGAUACAGGACUUUAUUAUGAUGAAUAUCUCAGGCAAGUAAUAGAUGUCUUGGAAACAGAUAAGCAUUUCAGGGAGAAACUCCAGACUGCUGACAUAGAAGAAAUAAAGAGUGGAAAACUAAGCAGAGAGCUUGAUUUAGUAAGCCACCAUGUGAGAACACGGCUGGAUGAACUAAAAAGACAAGAGGUGGCAAGAUUGAGAAUGUUAAUUAAAGCUAAAAUGGAUUCUGUUCAAGACACUGGCAUAGACCAUCAGGCUCUCCUUAAACAGUUUGAGCACCUGAACCAUCAGAAUCCUGACACUUUUGAACCUAAAGACUUAGACAUGUUGAUCAAAGCAGCUACAAAUGACCUGGAAAACUAUGAUAAGACCCGCCAUGAAGAAUUUAAGAAAUAUGAGAUGAUGAAAGAACAUGAGAGGAGAGAGUAUUUAAAAACACUGGAUGAAGAAAAGAGGCAGAGAGAAGAAUCCAAAUUUGAGGAGAUGAAGAAAAAACAUGGAGAUCACCCUAAAGUUCACCAUCCUGGAAGCAAAGAUCAACUGAAAGAAGUGUGGGAAGAAGCAGAUGGACUAGAUCCUAAUGAAUUUGACCCCAAAACAUUUUUCAAAUUACAUGAUGUCAACAAUGAUGGUUUUCUGGAUGAGCAAGAAUUAGAAGCCUUAUUUACUAAAGAGCUAGAAAAAGUUUACGAUCCCAAAAAUGAAGAGGAUGACAUGGUUGAAAUGGAAGAAGAAAGGCUGAGAAUGAGAGAACAUGUAAUGAAUGAGGUUGACAUCAACAAGGACCGGCUAGUGACAUUGGAAGAGUUCCUGCGAGCUACAGAGAAGAAAGAGUUUUUGGAGCCAGAUAGCUGGGAGACACUAGAUCAACAACAACUCUUCACCGAGGAUGAGCUCAAGGAAUUUGAAAAUCACAUUUCUCAGCAGGAAGAUGAGCUUAAAAAGAAGGCAGAAGAUCUUCAGAAGCAGAAGGAAGAGCUACAGAGGCAGCACGACCAGCUUCAGGCUCAGAAACAAGAGCUUCAGCAGGUUGUAAAACAGAUGGAACAGAAGAAACUACAGCAAGGAAAUCCUCCUGCAGGACCAGGCGGAGAACUGAAAUUCCAACCCCCUGGGGAACACAAAGUUGAAGAUGUACCAAAACAUCCUGCAGGAGGUGAUCAGCCUUUACCACCAGGACAUGUCCAAGAACCGGCUGCUAGAACUGAUCAAGUUCACCCUUAACCACUUGUGCCUCAACUUUAUAGCAUCUUUACUAUUUGGGGGGGAGGGGGAGGGAAGGGGAGGGAUAGGGAGGUGGCAGGAAAUCAGUGAAACAUGAACUCUCCACUUUCUUCCCUAGAUCAUAACAUCACUGGAAAUGUUAGGGAUGAAUUAUCAAUCAGAUUUGAAUCAUAAAUGAAACUCAUUCUGUCUCUGGUGUCUGAAUAAGAAAUACAACAAGGGAAUCAUUUAGAGGCUGUAAUACAGGAGGGAAUUAAGGAGACUAAUAAUACUAAAGAUUUUUAUAGCCAGAGAACUGAGCUGUUGAACUUUUCUCUUACAGAAAAAGGGAGAAGAUGUUUGACCUUCUGUGUUUAGUCAUGAAUUGGAAUCUUCUCAGAGGGGAAGCAGGGCACUGGCCUGUUUGUUGUUAGGUCUAGUUUUAUGUAGAAGCUCCUUGCAGAAAUACCAAGAAGCAAAAUAUAGGAAAAUAAAAAAACAUAAAGGCCUACCAUUUCCAGCACUACCAAACCCUUUCUUCUUUGAGACCAAAUACAAAUCAAACUUCUAAUCCUUAAUCACAGAAAAAAUGCACUUUCUAAAACAAACACAGCAAAGAGUUACAUGGAACAGUGAAUAUUUUUCAUGUUUACAGAAACCUAAGAAUUUCACUGUAAGCCUUCAAAAGGAAUACUGUACUUCUGGUGUAUUGGUCUGAACCAUCCUUGGUGAGACUUGUUCUGUGCAGCAGUUGAAUACUCAACUGGCUCUUGGGACAGUACUUUUGUCCCCCUUUCUUUCAUCAUGUACCAGCUGAUCUCAAAAGUUUGCAUGUUCUUAAAUAAGCUUUUCAUGUUGAGGAAAAUAUUGUGCAAAACAGAACAAGACUCAGUCUUUUUCUGUACUGAUUAUCCUACCUCCUAUGAAAAUGCCAGAGUUUUGAAAAUGCACCAUAUGCUUCAGAAAGAUCUUCAGACAUGAAUCUUUGAGUUGUUAGGAGUCUCAAUAUUAAUUCCUAUUAGUCUUUCAGCAGUUGGUGUAAGUUUAUGAAGUGUCCUAAAAGAGGGGUGCUGCUUGAUUGUAUUGUCUUGGUAUUGAACCAGGAGAGGUCCCCAAUAUUGUGAGCCAAGAUUACACAAGAAUAAGGUUAUUUUCCUGUGGGCUUUACUGUAACAUUGAAGAGUUGUGUGAUUGUCCUUGCUUGUCAUUCAUUUCAGACUGAAAGUAUCCUAAAGUAUGAACUCUGGGGUUUUUAUGUUUGGUUUGGGUUAGUUUGGUUUUUCUUUUACACCAAGGAUUUUUCUGAUUGUUUAAUGUUGGUUUUGAAAUGUUGCACACACACACUUUGGCAAGCAUCUUUUGCAUUUCCCUCCUGUUCUGUGGCUAACUCUUGACAGAGUCAUUGAAGGAGAACAUUAGAGUUUUGAGCAAAGAAACAAGGCCAAGCUUCUGUUACAGAAAGGUGUUCUUUUCAGAAUAAGUUGUAUUUGAAGCAAACUCCAAAAAGGAGACAAUAACAUUUUGUAAUGACAUUUGGGCAGUUUCUCACUCUGAAGAACUUUGAGAGAAGCUAGGCAUAUUCCUUCUGUAUUUAAGGCUUCUUUCAUCUGGCCUGAGCAUAUUAUUGUUCUCCACACAGUGUAAUAGAGCUCAAUGUCAGAACAGAUUAGAUUUCCUUAACCACCUGAUCUUGCUAGUUAUUGUGUCACAUUUCCUUCAUUUACACACCAAACAAUUACUUCACACCUUUUUUGUUGUUCUUUAAGCUAAAAUUAUUUACAUUCUGAUGUAGUUCCCAAACUCCAUGUCUCCACUGUCUGUCAUUUCCAUGCAGUUCUAACAUCAGACUGAUUAUGUCUCUGUCAAGAGACUAAAAUAUCUUUCAACAACUUCAUCUGUUUGCUAAGAAGCCCAGACAGAAUUACAGCUAACAUCCAGGCUAACGGUUUUGCAAUGCACAGCCCUGGCUUUGGAGCUGUAGCCUGAUAAGUGGUAAUAGAGAAAGGAAAGAUAUCAACAGGGAAUUAUCCAAAUGUGGAAAAGUUGAGGGGAUUUUUUUUGUGUCCUCCCCAUUCCACAUGAAAGUUUACAGAGGACAAAUGAUACAGCCACAGAUAUUUGUAGAGAAUCAAGGCCUGAGACCUUUGGUGUGAACCUAUUCUUAAAACACAAAUCAUUCCUUCAGGCUAUGUCUGCCUCCUAACGAAUGUCACUAAAUGUAAUGACAUGCUUUGUAAUGUAACGCUUAAGCUUCAGUUUCAGUGCAAUGUUUUACAUUUUGAUUGUAAGAUCCUGCCUCUCCCAGCUGUUGGAGGUGGGCAUUAUAUUCCUCUUAUCCCUUUUACUCUGGCACAGACAGAGUUUUGUAAAAAAUUGUUGCAACUUGGGUACUAAACUCAGCUUCUUCUCACUGUAGUAUCAGUGGUGACUGAGGAAGCUGCUUGUGAGAAGCUAGUUUUCACUUGUUUCAUCCUGAGCUAGUGUUAGCAAAGUUCCUCAUUUUGCAUUUCAGCUAGCCACUGAGGUGUGUUCAGUGUAAAACUGGGCAUCUUUCCUUCAUUGCUAUCUGCUACCUAAGUGUUGUUCUUGUCAGUGUUUAUUCAAUUAGUGGGCUUGCAGUUUAGCAAUAUACUACAGCCUUCCUGUUCCUUUUUCUGAAGUGGAAACAGGCAAUUUUUUAAACCUUAGAAGAGAUGAUCAGGUUUAAUAAUAAUCAGGGUUCAACUAAUACUGUCCUCCUCUGCAGACAAAGUCACCAAACCCUUUUUGUGGAUUCAGUUCUGAAAUGUGGUUUAAGCAAGUUCUCUCACUGUGAGGAACAUCUGCCUUAGAGGUUAUACAGUGUGCUGAAGUCAUGCUUGCACAUGAAAUGUUUAGCAGAUUUGUUGCUUUUUGAUGUGGUUGGUAUUUGCAGUGCUGAUGUCUUCUUUUAAUUGGGUCCUUUCAUAAAAGAAACUGAAAUUAUUAGCCACUACAAGCACGCUUCUGCCAUGGUACUCGUUUUUCAGGAGCUUUUUCAAGCGGGGAAAAAAAUUACUGAGCUUACAGCUAAGUGAGAAAGCAGAAAGCUAUAAUGACAGAUAAAUAAGGGACUGGAAUAUCCUGGGCACCAGUGCUUUCACCUGUACUUUUUUUGUUUAGGAGGCCAUUACAAGUAAACCAAAUGUCACUUCAUACAGACACCCAUUCCAAGACAAAGAUGCAGAUAUUUGGGUUUCUACUUGGAUGGGAUUUCAGUAGGAGGAUGAAUGGGUAAGAUUUGGUCAGUGUUGUAUAAAUUCAUAUCCUCUGGUGCAAUAUACAUAGAUUAAAAAAAAAAAAAGCCCUGCUCUGUACUUUGUAUGGAUUAGUUUAAAACUGGAUUAAACUGAAACUCAGCGCA